AGCUCACCUUUGGGGCAGUUCAGUUCGUGGAGGAUACGCGGUUGCGCAAGUUGUAGUCAGAAAGUGAGCCGUUUACAGGUCAGUUCUGCUCGAAGAAAAUGUUAAAGUGCUUGAUUGUCCUUUGUGUGGGGACGCUGCUGACGGUGGUCGUGGAGUCGGCACCGGCACCGCAAACGCAGAAUCCGAUUGAUUUCCUGCUGGAUUUGAACCAGGAUGUGCUGGACAAGGAAGUGCCGGCUUCGGUGAAGCCGAUCUCGCAAGCUCAGAUUGGAACUACGACGGAGAAGAACGAUGACCGGAAGCCGGCGCCGGUGUUCGAGGAUCAGGAGGCUGAUGUUCGGGAAAUUCCGGGAGUACCUGCGCCGACGGCGAGUCAGCUGAAUACGGAUCAUGAUCAGGGUGAAGAAGAACAGGAAGAUCGGGAAGAAGAAGUUCGAUCGGAUAGUGAGGAUGAAAGCGAGCAGAAGGAACAGCAAUCGACAAGCAAGGAUGAUGAUCAGGAUGUCAAGAAUAAUGAUCAAGACAGCAAGGAUGACGAUCAGGAUAGCAAGGACGAAGACAAGGAGGAUACGACAAUCCGAGUCUACGGUCCUGAAGACGAUGAAAAUGGCGAGGAGCAGCAUGAUGAUCAAAAGCAUCAAGAUCAAGGAUCCGAGAGGAAGGCCGAACCAGAGGUUCAACGUCAACCUCAGGAAGACUCUCGACAAUCGGAAGUAGAGAUCAGUCAGCAUGCAGAUACUGUGAAGCAGUUUGACGAAGUCGUUGAUCAGCGCGGAACUGAUCUGCUUCCGGAUGUCAUUUCGGAGCAACCAGACUCUCUGGAUGAUAAGCAGGAAAUCGAAGUUAAGCCCGAUCAGCUGUUCAACCAUGGAAGCAUAGUAUUCGACAAGAGUACCUUUGCCACCGAUGAAGAUCUGCCAUCGACGACUCCAUUCAACGGCAAGAAGUGGAACCACGAUAAUGGACCACCAGGUUUCGGUCCAUGGCACCCCAAGUUCCCGGGCUUCCCCGGCCACACUCACGACCACGAUCACGACGAAGGCCGACCACCGUUCUUCGGAAUGCCGCCGUUCAACGGUCCACCACCCCGUUUCGAUGGUCCGCCACAUUGGCACUUCCAUAAUCACAGCCACGAACACCGGGAUUGGCAUCAAGAUCACGAUCACGAUCACGGAUUUCACGGGCAUGGAUUCCACCGACGUGGACCCUGGAAGUGGAACCGAAGCUAAACCUCGUCGCCAUCGUAACGGUUGAUUGAUCAGUCGAUUAGUUAGUUGUUCUUAGUUUUAGUUAUUUAUUAGUCAUCGCAAUAACCGCCUUCGACCGCAUCGUCGGAUCCGUCAAUUGGAUCCGGAAGAGGUAAUAAAUUUGGACCGAUAGAAAGAGAAUGUUUUGCGUCGUUGUUUUUGUAUUAGGUGACUCAAAAUGUGGCCAAUAAAGCGAACGAGUCAAAGAAUUAAUUAAUU